AUGGCUUUACCUGAUGUGCCGGAAGAGAUCCAGAAGGUGAUUGGUCCGUUCAUAAAAAGAGCAAAGGAACUUGACCAAUACCAACCAGUGAUCUCAUACUUUGCCAAGUUAUACUCAGCUCAAUUAAUAUUAGAAGGCAAAUAUCAUUUACAAUCAGAGGGUGUUGCCAAGUUCACCGAGACACUACUGAAUGAAAUAGAGGAGGAUAAGAAGGAUUUGACUGAAAGCAGUGAAAAAAUUGCUGAUUUGAUAGACGACAAUGAGAAAAGCUUCAAAUUGGUGCUUGGAUUCAGCAAUGUUAUAUUCACAGGUGCAGACAAGAAGGUUCGGGAAGGUAAAGCGGACAAGAGAACGGCACUAGACUUCAAGGCUGCGUCUGAUUUUUACCAGCUAUUACAUUUAUGGAACGAGCAGUACGAGGAGAAAAAAGAUGUGGUGGAAAAGCGUGUUAAAUAUUCGAAAUACCAAUGUGCCAGGAUAUUGAAGUCAAUUAGAAACGGUGAGGACCCUAAUGGGGAAUUGAAUUCCGAGGGAGGUCAUGCCAUAGGUGAUAAGAGUGAUGAAAAGGCGUUUGAAGAAGAAAACCAGACAGAUCAGACAGUUCCAGAUCUCCCACCACCACCAACUGAGUUAGCUGAUAGUAAACCAAUUGGCAUUGAUAGUAUACCAAAUGAGACUGAUAAAGCACGCGAGAGGGAUAGUAUAACAGGCGAGGCUGAUAAUGCAACGUAUGAAACAGGAAAUGUGGAACUUCCAGAUGCUCCUAGGAAAAUAGAAGGUGAACUAGACAUGCCUGAGGCACCAGUGCUAAUUAAAGGGGAGAAGAAUCACCUUGGUCUUCCUACAGCGCCAACAGAAAAGGCACAGCCUGUACCAAGGACUGAUUUUGGCUCAAAGGGAGCCAAAAGCUCACCUUUUAUACCUAGAAAGGCAUUGAGUGGGGGAGAUGAAGUUGCAAGUAGGAAAAAUGAAGUCGCAAGUAGGAAAACUGAAACUGGCGCAGGCAGUAAAAUUCAGAUUAGUGCUCCAGCCAACAGCAGCGUGCACAAACCAAUUUCAAAGCAGGAUGUGGAUAAGAUAUGGAAGCAGGAGGAAAUAAUAGGACAAGCCCAGAAAAGAGCGAAAUUUGCAAUAAGUGCGCUCAACUAUGAUGACAUCCCUACAGCUAUCAGUGAGCUCGAGAAGGCCCUCGAACUACUUCGGGCGAAAUAA